AUGCAGCCUCAAAAGCGAACAAAAGCUCAGAGGGAAGCCUUACGAAAAAGGAGAGAAAGUGCAGCAAUUUUCAACCGACUCAACGAAGAUACGUCGAUCAAUUUUUUAAGUGAAAAUAUUGAUGAUUUUUCGCGGACAUUUUUUGACGAUGGCUUCGAUGACAGUCUAACAGCAAAUACUUCAACAGAAACUGCGAAGAAUAAUAUAGACGUCGAUAAAAUGUAUGACUUUCCUAGUUCAACAGAAACUGCGAAGAAUAAUAUAGACGUCGAUAAAAUCCCUAGUUCGACAGAACAGCUACGUAUUACAGAGAAAGCAAUGAAUUCUCUCGCUAAUUUCAAGGAAAUUGCUUCAAAAUUCAAUGCACCUUUACAAUCACAAAUGAAUGCGUCGUGUUCUACCCCAAAGGCAACCUUACCAAUACUUUCAUCACAUGAUGCUAUAAGAUCGAUUAGCCAUAACUUGUACUCUCCUAUUGGAGUACAUAGAGCUUCUCCUUUGAAAGACCAUGGAAACUUACUCAAUUUACCAGAUGAAAUAGAUAAUUUUGAGUUCCGAAUUUGUUCAAGCUCUUCAUCCACUACCAAUUCAUCUACAGACAAGAAUUUUGAUUUGACAAUCCCGAAACUACCGAACAAAGAAUCAGAAAACCUACGUUUUAGAAGUGAGAAGGUAGACCAAGGGCUGGGUACACCAAAUGUAUUUUCUUCAAAUUAUCAUUCAAAUUCCUCAAUGACUUCAAGGGGGGAACAUAAGAAAACACGUGCAUCAAAUUUAAGACCACCAACUUCCCUUUCGCGCUUGAAACCGCCAAUCCAGAGACGCUUAAAUUCUGUAGAAACGGCUUUCCACGCGAUGAAUAUUUCAUCUGAGAAUAAUUCAUCUGAGGAUAAUAGAUCUGCAUCUAAUUUGCCUGGUUCAAGAAUUUUACGUGCAACUUCCGUUAGACCAAAAAAAUAA